AUGAUAAAUAAGGAAUCAACUAUAAUCAAAAUUCAAGUUAACAUUGAUGGGACUCAGAUUUUCAAGACUAACUCCAUUGACUUGUGGCCGAUACUUGGCCGAGUUAUUAAUUCACUUGAUGCCCUGCCAUUUGUCAUCAGCGUUUUUGUUGGAAAAGGAAAACCACCAAAUCUUGAAGAAUAUUUAAGGCCAUUUUUAGAAGAACUGAUGGCUCUACAAAGUGAAGAUCUCGAAUGUAUGGGGAUUACAUAUUCAAUUGAAAUGUCUUCUUUCGUAUGUGAUGCUCCUGCUAGGGCAUUUCUUAAAGUAAUAACUGCGCAUACGGGAUAUUUUGGCUGUGAGCGCUGCAAUCAGAAAGGUGUUUAUGAUACAGUGUAUCACUGCACGACAUUUCCUGAAGUCACUGAUGUUUCUCUGAGAACUAACGCGUCCUUCCGAGCUCAGUUAAACAAACAGCAUCAUAAAGGUUUCAGCCCACUACUAGAACUGAAAAUCGACAUGAUAUCUUGUUUUCCCCUGGACUAUAUGCAUCUUGUUCUACUUGGUGUUUUCAAGCGCCUUCUUACAAUUUGGACAGGCCACUGGAGUAAGAAGCACUUCAGGCACAAACUGGGUACGCGGGAGAGCGAGCAAUUGGAGAAAAGGCUUCGGCGAAUUCGACUUUCAUAUCCAGAAGAAUUUCAUCGUUGUAGUAACAUCAAUGAAACACGUCAAGCAACUAAAAGUCGUUGA